ACUUCGGAACUACAGGACUGGAACAGCGUGCGGGGGUCGUCAAGUAGUGCGUGAAAGGACAACUCAAAGCAAACGUUCUUUUUUAUUGUCUUACCGUAAGCGUAAACUCCACAACGAAUUUUUAAAUCACUUUCGGCGGAAUGCCGAAUGUUGUAUUUUAUUUUGUUGUAAUAUUUAAUCCUACACUUUCUCCCCCUUUACCCCCCCCUACGCGUUGGAUGUUGCGUCGGGUCCUAAUAACAAAGGAAGUCGUGGUUCAAUAAUAUAAUCUGAUCUCUUCAUAAUGAAAUCGUGCUAAAAUAACAAUUUAUAAUAUUUUUCUAUAUAUCAUUGAAAUAUAGUUCAGCAAUGUUAAUACAACUGGCGAUUGCAAUCCCUUUAGCGCACGUUUAUCGAUUGUAUAAUGUGGGCUUUGCUUUUGACAGUAGCCGCAAUCCAGAGUCUGUAUAGAACGAAUGGCUAGUGACUCGAGGCUUCCCAUCUGUUGAUUAAUAUUUUAAAUAUUUUUAAUUGGUUUAAAUAGAACAUCAAUUUUUACAGUUUCAUGAACUAUAGUUUCGCAUACCACGACGUUGCAGUGUUUUUGCUAAAUUUAAAAAUACAUGUUUAAAAGUAAGACGCAUAUUUUGUACAAAAAAUAAGAUUAAAGGGGUAUUAUUUGGUAUGGUGAAAUAACAAAGGGAGCAACUAACGACAAAGAUGGAUAAAAAAGCUUUUGAAAUUGUGCUUGAUGAAAUCAGAAAGUGUGUGCUGACAGAACAAAGAAUUAAAGCAAUCGAUCAUGUGCAUGGAUAUUUUUCCAGUGAACAGGUGACGGAACUGCUGAAGUAUUUUUCAUGGGCUGAACCUCAGAUAAGAGCUAUAAAAGCAUUACAACGUAAAAUGGUGGCUAUUCCUACAACCAAAGUGGUCAACAUUCUUAAUUGCUUUACAUUUUCAAAAGACAAACUUCUUGCUUUGGAACACAUUGCUUUAAAUAUUUCUGAUGCACAUAAUUAUCGACCCAUUGAGGACCUUUUCCGUAUCCAUCUACAUGAAAAAAAACGAUGUAGAAAAAUCUUAGAACAGGCAGCCAAAGUUGGUUGUCAAGCUCCUGAUGCUAUGAUCUCUUCCUGUGGAAUUACUCCUGGAAAUCCAUAUCCACAAGGAAAACCAAGUGUGAUUACUGGAAUAUUUCCUGGGACUCCAGCCAGAAGGGAUGGUGAUGACAGUUCCAUUGAAGGGAGAGGAAUAGCUGCCAGGAUUCUUGGACCAUUUAAACCUGCACCUUCAACUUACAAUCCUCACAAGCCUGUUCCUUACCCAAUACCACCCUGCAGACCACAUGCAACCAUUGCGCCAAGUGCAUAUAAUAAUGCAGGUUUGGUAACCGGGGGUGGUGUAAUUGCCUCAACUGUGCAACCUCCUCCUUAUGGAGCUAAUCAGUCUGGAGCAGAAAAGGAAGAGAAUUCCAAUCCAAAAUCCACUCAGUCUCAGUCUUUUUCCAGACCAUCUAGCCAACAGAACCACAAUUCUACAGUUCAAGGAGCUACAGUUUCUUCCCAUCCAUCAAAUCUUUCUACUUCUGCUACUCCUGGGCCUUCUCCCUCACCUUCUAAAACUACAGGCCUUCCAGCUUCAACUGUUCCUAUUUCCCCAGUUUUCCCAGGUUAUGUUCCUACCGCUGCUCAGUCUCCAAGUUCCGCAACACUUGUUUCUUCUGUCAUUAAAGGACCUCUUUUGCCUGGUUCUCCACUUGCCACUGCCAACCCUGCUGGACGUUCUACACCAGUGACACACAAUUUGACUGGAGUUUCUCCAUCUGUUCCACCUAGUCCUUCUGUUAUCAAAUCAUACACACCCAAUGUAACCCCUUGUCCUACCCCAGUGCCUAAUGGUUCCUUUACUCCUGUUUCAUCAGCCCACUCUGGGAUGUCCAGAUCAGGGACUCCUUCAGGCAUGCCUGCUCCCAAAAGUUCUUCUACUCCAGUUCCUGCUGUUUUUAGUCCACAGAGUCACCUGCCUCCUUCAACGCAAGGUUUAGCUCGUGAAUCUCCUGUUAACAGUCCUAACCAUCAUGGAAUGUCAAAUCCCAACUUUAAAGUCUUCUCUCCUGAGAUACAAUCUCAUCAUGGCUCAUCAAUACAAGCUUCCUUUACUGGACAUGCUACUUCUGCCAAUUCUGCAACGGGUUCCUCUACCCCUACUCCCUCUGUAAUCAGAAGUUUUACUCCUUCCAUUCCUACUCAUCAAGACUCCUCUCCUAAUCAGUCUGUUUUCUCUGGCCUACCUGUGGCAAACUCUGUUAAGCAUUCUUCUGCCAAUGGACAGUCUAUAACUAACAACAGUGCUUCACCAUAUUUAGGAACCAUGGCCUCUGAGCAGUAUGUUAAUGCCUCUCCAAAUCUGUCUAAUUUAUCCCGCCACAGUAAUAGCCCUGUAGCUUCUGCUUUCAAAGGGCCUUCUAGAUCAUCAACACCAUCUCUUAGUUCUUUAGUUAUACCAAACUCUUCUGCAUUAUCUUUAAAUCGUUCUUUGAACCUCAGCCAUUCUGCAGCAACAGUGCAAGCUACCUUGUCCAACACUGGUGGUUUGCAAGGUCUCCCUACUCUCCCUACUUUAAACUCCCAGGGCACAGUAACCACAGUUUCCCAUACAGCAGCUGGUGCAGCAUUUUCAGCAUUGCCAGGUUUUUCUAACCUCACCUCUGCCUCUGGCUAUCUUGGAGCAUCAAAUCUCCCUACAGGAAACAACCCAAAUGCUGCAAACUCUUCCUCAUCGCCCUCGUCUGUUACCUCCUCUCCCUUUGGCCUUGGCAUGUCCACUCCCAUUUCUUCCAUUUUCCCAGGUCUACCAUCUGGGCCUCUGGGGUCUGCAAACACUGGGUUUUCAGGCUUUGCUGGUUCAAACACUCCUGCUGGUAGCCCAGUACUGUCUUCCUUUGUUGGUCUUCAGGGUCCCUCCAGCUCUGUAGCAGCUGUAGCACCUCUACAAGCAGCAGUGGCUGCAGCUGCAGCAGCCCCAUCCUCUGCACCUGUCCUUCCAGGAUUUGCUUCUGCCUUCAGUUCCAGUUUCAAUCCUGCUCUUGUUGCACAAGCUGGCUUGUCUGGUGGUCUUCAGCCUACAGGAAAUGCUGCAUUUCCAGGACUCUUGUCAUUCCCUGGAAUUCCUGGUUUUUCACAAAGUCCAUCACCAGCUUCACUCUCUGGACUUCAGCACACAGCGGUUCAGUCUGCACUGUUACAGGCUUCGGCAUUAGAAAACUAUCCAGGACAGCCCAACAGCUUCCCCAAUUAUGCAUCCAGCCCAGGAACUCCGUUUGGACUGCAGCCUGGCCUGCACCCUCAGCGUGGAUGGCAGUAGAUCUUCAGCAGCCUCAUAUUCAACAUUGACAGGUUCUGGAGAAGAGUGAAAGGGAAGAAGAAGUGGAUUUUUGGCAGCAUUUCUACAAAGUUACAUUUAUUAGAAUUGUGAGAAUGGGUAAUUAGAAAGAAAGAUGUCUCUGCAUUUUUCAUUAAGCAGCAUUGAAAAAGCAAUAUAAAAAUACCCAUUACAGACCCCUAUUUCCAAGGAUUACACUUUUUUUGUCACCAUGAAGGGCUUUGGUUUUUAUAGUUGAAGGAAUGUUUGAUUCUAAGCGUCACUGAAAAUAGGGCUUGUGUGAAAUGUAACCAGCAAUGUGCAAAUUAACUCAAUCAAAAAGACUCUUAUGUCCAUUCUAUAUAUAUUUUAAUUAGAAAUUUCUUGGUUUUCUGUCUUUAUAUGAACUGUUUUGCACACAGUUGAGCCAGUAGGUUCUGAGAUAAAUAUCUAGGAGUUAAAUGUGGUGUUUAUUAACAUUUGUUUUAAUAAUGAUCAUUAUUUGCCUUUUUGUACCAGUAUCUUUAACAUUUUGUAUCAUGUGUUUCUUUGCACAAUCAUCCUAUUAUGUUUACUCAAAUAAGGCUGACUUUAUUUUUUGAUGGUAACAAGUUAACACUGCCAACCAAAUCAUCAUAAUUGUUAAACCACCAUUUGAUGCUGUCCUUGAACAAGAGUAUAUAUAGCCCAUUAUCCGUGCAGCAGCACUGUACUUUAAAAUGUAGGCAUUUUAUCAUAUUUUUCCACUUGCAUAUUUCUGAGAGAUUUCAAUAUUUUUGAAAUCUGUAGUUUUUCGGUUGGACAGAUCUUAAAAUUUUCUUUUUUUAUCAUGAAGUUUAUAAUUUUUUUUUGUACUGCUUAUAACAUCUAGUCUCAAAGAUUUGUAGGAGAAAGUUGAGCCAAGCUACAUCUCUUUGUAGUAUAGUAUCACAUUAAAAGAUACACACGUGUGUAGUUAGUUGGGUCAUAUAAAGGUCCAAGUGUGUGAUUUUAUACUUGAACUUUGCUGGUUCAAGUCUGGCUCAGUGAACCCAUUUGCUCACCUUACAUAAACAUGUACAAGCAGUUUAUGACUGCACUUGGCACACUGUUUGACAAUAAACUUCAGCUUGUUCUUCACAGGAUGCCGCCUGACAAAUCAUGAACCCUUUUGAUUUUUUAAAUUUAUGUUUAGAUUGAGUAUCUCUGCCAAUAAACUUUAUAAUUAUGCUAAUUUGAUUAUUAAGGUAUGUCUAGUUUGAUGCAGGAAAUUGAAAAAAAUUAAGUAGGAAAGACAUAAAUUAUAAUUUACAGAAAGUGUUUUUUGUUGUGUUUUAUUUUUAUUUAUUUUUUGCUGUUAGCUAACAGAAAAUACCAGUGCACAAUAUAAUAAGUAACAAAGGCAUCCUCCUAAGGUUAUUUUAAUUCAUGCAGCCCUCUUCCUCAGUUCCUGCAUUCUAAAUUGAGUUUUGAUAUCCAACUCAAUAUGUAAUAGCCAAACACUUCAUAAUGACAUACAAAAUAACUAUAGCCAUAAAAAAAAGAAAGCAUGGAUAAUUUAAGACGCAAUGCCUUUGUCACUUUUAGCCUGAGCUAAAAAUAUUUUGUGGUCACAGAUAUGUAUGUCAUCAUUGUCAAUUUGUUUACUUGUCUUUUUUUUUUUUUUUUUUUUUAAUUAUGAUGUUUUUCCUAACUGACAUAUUGUUGGAGUUGACAAUCACGGUAACUGUUUUUACCGUCUGAGUGCUUUUUCAGUUCUGUGUGAUUAUUCUGGUUCCCUAUUAACACUCCGUAAAAUACAUUCCCUCAUUAGAAGUGGUAAAACACAACAUAGGUUUGAAAAGGCCUAACUAUUAUAUGAGCAGUGAAUCUGGAACUUUCUGGAAAAGUGUAGUGUGUACUGGGCAAAUGAAAUUCAUAGUAUUUUGUGGUUGGUGCUUGCAAGUAUUUGGAUUUUGCACAGACACAACACACACAUGCUGCCCUUGAGAUCAGAGAGUCCAAAGAAGUGGUGUAAAGAGGUCAGAGUGAGACUGAGUGCACAAAUAUAGUAUUUGAACCCGGACUGGCGUUUACAAGAUAAGAUGGGAGUGGUGUGAUUCAGUCUGUGCCACUCACCUUGCUUAUCUGUGUUAUUUUUUUAUAUGGUAGAUGUGAACUUUUCUGCUGUCUAAAAAAAGCAAAGUGUUGCACAAAUACUUUGCAUAUGGAAACUUUUUUACUUUUUAAUGCUGAUUUGUGUUGCAUAGACUAAGAAUACCUGCCUAGGUUAGUUAUGUCAUCAUAUUUAAUGUAAAUCAUGAAAGGCAAUGUUUUCUCUGCAGGUAGUUGAUUGUUUGGAUUUCGAUGGAACUUAAGGAACAAAAACUAAUUCAGUUUGCACUUUGGACCAUUCACUCUCUCCAUUGACCGUAAUAAUGACAGUCUUCCUGGAUAAAAUUAAGUGUUCCAUUUUGAAAAAUAAUACAAAGCGAUUUCCUGAAAAUGUGCCUGAAUAAUUAAUUCGUAAACCUUACAACGCCUUAACGUCAGAUUUGACCUGGCUUUGUGUUUGAAAUCAAUAAAAGCACCCUAAAUUUCAACUGUUCAGGAUGAAACUUGGUGACUUGUCGUACAUUUCUCUGAAAUGAUGAACAGGAAAAAGGAAAAAAAAAACUCCCAUAAUUAAUACAGCUUCUAAAAAUUAUUAUUACCUAACCAUGUCUUCUAGUUCAUUUUUGACCCACCUUUCAUUUUAAUGGAUUUUCCACUACAUUUAAGGACACAACCUAUAAAAACAUCCUAACGGUCAUCCAUUCACUUCAGAACUAUGAAGGCUUUUAGUAAAAUUACCUAGCUUUACAAAAAGUAGAACAGUUUCCAAAUGUGCUAUUUUUAUAACAGCUGCUUCACAUUUUGAACCCUGCCAUUUCCUUUGAACCCUCCAUACAAAAAAGUAUUUGUAUAACUUCUUCUCUGGUCAAUUUUAAUGCCACCAAACCCCGUAUUUUCAGCUCAGAAAUGUAAAGGAUAUUAGUUUAGUAACAUGACUUAACUUUACCAAAGCCACACAUUUACAUAUAACUGCUACACCUUUUGAACAUUGCCAGGUCCUUUGGGUCAUUUAUGACCCACUAUUGGCUUUAAUGGAUUUUCCACAGCAUUUCAGCUGCUUUGUUUGUUCACAACCCAAACGCAUCCUAAAUGUCAUCCUUUAAGAUCUGCAGUACUACAGAUUAAGAUGGCCAAUCAGUUUUAACUACCUUUGGGGUGAACAUGGUGAUGUCCAGGGAACCUGAAGGGGUGUCAGAAUUGGGUCAAAAGAGACUCAGCAUUAUAUCAGCACUUGAUGACAUUGUGAGAGUUAAGUAGGAUUUGUCUAUUCAGAUGUCAUCUGAGAAUGUUUAUUGUAUUAUGUAGGCUGAUGGAAUUAUGUGUAUAAUUGGCUGCUUGUAUAUUUAUUUUUUUUAUUGAAAGCUCUCUCCUUCACUUCUUUGAACCCAGACUAUAACUAGAUAUUAUCAGCUAGCAAUGUUUUUUAUUUCUUUAAAGUUCUACGAUUUAUGUGAAAAUCAAUGGAAAAGUUUUUAAAUGAGAUCAAACUGUUCCCAGUUUAUAAAAACAUCAAGAUUGAAAUUAUAAAUUGAAUUUGAUACUUUAUGUAUGAAAUACAUUAAAAUAACAUUAGAAAUGAACCCAUCUUUCCAAUGAAAUUCUGACUGGUAGCAAGGUAUUUAAAGAAAAAGAAAACUAGAUACAAAUUUGAAUUUAACCAUUAAAGUAACAGUAAAAAAAGAACAUAUUUUGCUGUGAAAUUCUAAAUCAUUAAGUUUUUAGAUGUCAUCAAUAUGGUCCCCCUAUUUUAAGCUUAUUUAAACUAUUAAAUUUGAUAGUUUUAUGUAUUAAACACAUUAAAAAAUAACCUUAAUAGCCAUCUUUGCAGUGAAAUUCUGAUACUAGAAUAUGUAAAGCAAAAAUGGGUAGGUGCUGCUUUAAUGUUGCAUUUUUUUUUUUUUUCUUUUAAUCAAGCACCUUGCUCUCAAAUGACAAAUUAUGUUAUUACUGAAUUCUAUAUCAUUUGUUAUAUUAUUUUUUUGUUUGUUUUAUAUGUCACUCUGCCUGAAGACAAAAUACAGGUUUGUGAGGGAAGCAGUGUCAAGUUGUCAGUGGGAAUCAAAAUGUGGAAUUGCUUCUAAUAUUUACAAAGAGCUGCUUAAAGUUGAGUUUUCGAUGGAUUAUCUGAAAAUAUCAUUCAUUGUAUUUACAUCAGUUUCUUACAGAUUUGACAUUUUAGACUUUGUAGAGACCUGCACCAACUAGUCAGUGAUGCAUCAUUUGCUACCAAGCUAGGCUUCAGAUCUCUGCAGCUUCAUCUGCAAUAAUCAGGUCAUUUUAUUAAAUAUUGUUAAAAUAAAGGAUAAUAGCACAUUAAAGUGUGAAGGGUGAAAAAGAGAGCUGAACCAAUGAGGUGCUAGCUUAAAAUUUAUAUUUAACAUUUAAUCCAUUUAUUUUUUAGUAUUUUUGUUUAUAUAUAGUAGCAGUUUUAAAACCAGGUCUUUCAGUUCCACAUAGCUUAUGAAUUCCUAGCAGUGUAAUAGCAUAAUAAUGAUUUGGCAUUUUUGACUUUUUAUAUCUGCAAAAUGUACAGUGAAAUGUAAAAUGUUUUAUACAGAUUUAUAAUUCUAAAAACAGAAUGUGCAAGCAAAGAAUUUUAUUUGUAAUAGUUUUACGAGUUAUUGACCUCCGUUUUUUUGUGGGUUUUUUUUUUUUUUUUUUUUUGGAAGUGUAUCUUAUGACACACAGUAGCAGUAGAGACAGGUCAGGGUGAAUCGGAUGCAUAAAUGAAUUUAACUUUAGGCAACUAAAGUAGCUGUAGGUCUGAGCCGAGCCUCCACUACACACUGCUAUGCAGUUUAUGCCUACACUGGAGCUGAAUGUUCUUUGUAUGUGCCGUUUUAAUGGCAGCCCCAUUUAUAUUUAUAACUUUGUCAGAAUCACCACUUACUGUAUUUAUAAUUACUGUAGAAUAGUUAGGCCCCAGAAAGAACUGAACAAAGUGGAGAUCAAAGUAUUUAUUUAGCUGAAUAAGCAAUAUUCAGAUGAUACUGAUGUCAGUGAUAGUGGAAUAAACUGAAUGCAGCAAAGCUUCAUAAAUGAAAUGUAUUGUCCACCAGCAAAAUGAUAUAUGUAACGAUUUGAGCUAGCAGUUUGAGAGGUGUUCCUUUUUUUUUUUUUUUUUUUUUUUUUUUUUUAUACUGUAUAGCAGUGUACUUGAAGGUGGAUUGCACGUAUUCCAUUAUGUAGGUUAUUCCUCAGUUAUCACUUUGGUACUGAACAAAAAAUAAAAAAUGUUGGCAUAUGCUCAUUGUCAUGAUAAUAUGAUGGAACAAAUUAAGAAUGUUGCUUCUUUUAUUGUAGAUACAUUUUAGAUAUGAAAUAAAUGCUACCCAGUUAAAA